AGUAAANGAAUCGAACAAGAGUCGAAGAACUUUUGCCAAUACNGAAUGGAANAAGAUUAUUCGAGAGACACUUUAUUUAGAGACUAUUUACAUUCCUUUGGACGCUACUUCUCANAGUCCNGAUAUUAUAUUCAAAUUACAAUCUCCUGUGGAACCCAAAGUUCUUACUGUUGGAGUUGCUUGNAAAGGACGUUGGAGGUCGGAAGGAAUUGGCUGGUCAGAUAUUAUAGANGAAGCCAAGAAAUUUUUAGAUCCUGUUUANGAUCAAGUCUUAUCCAGUGCAAUGGAUUCUCAUCAUUGUAUGCUUAUUAUCGUNAGUACAAAGUUAUCCUUGAAUGUUUCNAANGAGUUGGGNAAUCAGAGUCGUUGUUACUCCAGUGGAAUGUUUAUUGGAAANGAUUCGUUCAAAGUACCNGANAAUUGNGAACUUGUUAUUCUUUGNGAAAGAGAUGUCCAAAUGCUGAUNGACGAAGAAAUAUUGAGCGGACUNGAAAGAGUAUUUGGUGUUUCUCANAAUCCUCCUUUUUGGGAUUUUGGAUUAGAUUUACUNGANAGAAUCCGNAACAGUUUCUUAAGUUGGCAAUAGAUUCUAACUCAAUCCUUCCCUUUGUUUUGAAGAGCAAAUAACCUUUUUUUUGUAUGUUUGAAACUUGGUUAUUACAACUUAUUUGCUUGUCUUUUGGACACCAUACAGUCUUCUUUGAAAAGAUUUUAUUAGUUGGCUUUCAAGGCUGGCUUAUAAUCGUUUCGUGUCAAUUUGCAAUAAUAUUGCAGAGUUGUAACAAUGAUUCAAAAUGAAUAGACUAUACAUACAUACAUGUUGAUACAACUAGAAUGAAAAAUAUCCUUUCUUGUCCAAAUACUUAGUAAAGUGGUUACCCAAAGGAUAUCUCAAAACAUUCUUCAAGUGUCUGCUAUGUUGUCUUUCUAGUCUGUUGAAAAAAGACUAGUAACUUUUUUACUAUAAUUUUCAAAGACUGAGACAGAAAAAGUUGUUUGUAGAUUUCACUUGGACUGUCCUUCUUGUCUUUUGUUAACUGAAUAGAAGAGAGUUUUCCUCGGUUUUAGACAACAAACGAAGGGAAUGGCAGCAAAAACUUGAGGCUUCCUCUAACUUGAGAACCUGCACUGCGGUCUCAAAAAGAGUUUUAGCUUCUUGAAAUUCGAUAAAAGUUUAGAUUCCUUU